UGAUGUCAUCGGCUUAUGACUCAUUUCGAAGGUCUGUGAGCGAUCGUGUAUGAUGAUGUAAUUUGUAUGGAUGAAAUUUUUUUCGAUUAAAAUUCUGAACAGUUGAAAAUAUUAAGUUUUGAUAUUAUCAUAUGUAUUCUCAAUUGAAUGAAAAAAAUUUAUCAGCGGAUCGUUUAUUCGCAGCUGAUAUUUUAUCAUCUAUGGCGAAUGGCGCAGAUGAAUCGUCCCCUUCUGUUCCAAUAUCUAGUAUUGGAGGAUUAACAUGUGGUAUUCCUACACGAACAACACCCACUUUGACUCCUACAACUUUAAGAAAUAUCGAGGAGUCUUUCAUGGAACUAAGUUCGAUACCUCCUGCCCCAUUAGAACAUCAGCAUCAAGCUGGUUUUGCACCUCCAGUUGUUUCUUUUGCAAGUGUGCCUAAGCAGGAAGAUAAUCAUUGGGCAGAUGAUUGUAUGCUAUCUUCUGAUAGAUCUAUGGACUCUCCUAUACCAUCUGAAGCAUCCUCUAGCUCACGUUCGAUGAAGACUGGGCGCAGUGGUGGCAGACGCCCUUUAAAAGAUGAAAAGUUAAGUCCUGAAGAAGAGGAACGAAGAAGAAUUAGACGAGAAAGAAACAAACUAGCUGCUGCCCGUUGUCGCAAACGACGCAUGGAGCUUACAACUAACUUAAUGCAGGAAACUGAUGGCUUGGAAGAAAAACGACAAACUCUUCAAAGUGAGAUCCAGUACCUUACUCUUCAGAAAGAAGAAUUGGAAUUCAUUCUUGAAGCUCAUAAAGCCACCUGCAAAUUAGAUAUGAAUCAUAAAAAUAAAUCUGUCGAUACAAAGCCUAACUUAAGUAAGUUAAAGCCAUGUAAUCGACCAAAUUCCUUGUCAUUGUCUUCCAACUUCAACAGUGACAGUGGUACCUCCAUGAAGUCAUCUCCAAAUAUCAAUGGAAUGAACUCUUCCUUGAAUACACCAUCUACUGGACUCUAUCAGUUUGAGUCUUUAAUGGAUGGUAAUGGUGGUACAGCAACAUCCGCAAGUGGCUUUGUGAUAUCAUCUUGUGGUGGCCAACAAAGAAGCUCAAGUAGUGAUCUGUCUAGUCCUGAUUCAAUAACACCACCAAAGCUGGUUUCUUUGUGAUGAACUUUUACUGUUUUUUGCGUGUUGCCUUAGAUAUUCAUAGUUAUAAAAGGCAUUAGUAAUUAAUUACAAAAAUAAAGGCACUUUAAAACCAAAAAUUUUUUGUCCAGUUAUCGUAGUCUUUUGCUAUUGUUUAAAGUCUUUUUAUUCCCAUGCAAUCUUAAGCAAAGUGUGUGCCUUAAAUUGAUUAAUAUUUUUCAUUUUUAAAGUCAAAUUUAUUAAGGGCAUAAAUUAUCACUAUUUUUUAAAUGAUACAAUUUUUAUAAUUAAUAUGACAGUAAUUGCCAGAACUGUCAAGUAUUUACUUAUUGUACUCUUCAUUAGUAUAAAUGAAUAAUACGCAUUUAAAAUAGUUUGCAUUUAUCUUUGAUUUCUUUUUUAAUAUAUGUAAUUCUUUAAAGUUCAUUAUCUUAACCAAUCAAUAUUAUGCUAAAUUUAUUGAUAAUAAGUAUAAAAUCUACUCUGUAAAUAAUUACAAAAAAGAGUUGCUGUAGCACCUGUAUUUAAUGUAUUAAGUGCAAUGUUGAUUAUUAAUGACUGAUUACUGAGGAGUGCUUAUUUUUCAGUAAUGCAUGCCAUAAAUGAUAAUUAAAAAUAAGAAUUUUGCUCAUAGUUUGUUAAUGUUUUAUUUGUUAACUUGCCUAUCCUUAAAGUCCAAUUUCAUUUUUCAAUCACUUAUAGCUAUUUAACAUAAAUUUAAAAGUAUUUGCAUAUUAACUGCAUGCCAUUAACCAACUUUUGUUUUAACUAUAUGCAAUUGGCGACUUUUAAUUUUAACUGCAUGUCAUUGAUCCACAUAAUAAAAUUCUAGCUAUGAGUUCUGUCAGUCAGGUAACUCUCCAUACUUUUGCACAUGUGAGAUAAAAGAAAAUGUGCUUAACUGGGAGAUCAAAUCUAACGAAGAAUUCCCGAAAGUAUCCACCUUAUUGUGCAUUACUCCUUUAAGGAGCAAAAUCAUCCAAAAGUGCUAGUCUUAGAAUUUUGAAAGAACUGUAAUAUGACAUCUGUGGCAAUUUUUUGCUUGGGGGAUUAAUUUUUAGUUGCAAUAAAACUGAAGCCUUUAGUAUUUUUUUGCUAGCAUGUAGUUAAUAAACAAGUACCAGUUUAAUGACCAUGAAGUUCUGUAAAUUGAUAAUUCAAAAAUUUAAUGCAUUUUAUGAUUUGUAUUUGCUUAAUCAUAUUGUUGCUGCAUUUGAAGUACUAUAGUGUAAAAUCUACCAUUUUUAAAUUGAAGUUGGUACAGACUUUUGUCACUUGUUUUUAUAUACUUUGUACUGUGAAUACUUAGCUUGAGUUUGUCUUACUGUUCUAAUCAGGUUUUUAUUUAUUUUUUUCCUGGUGAAAAAAUUAGUCUUGCAAAUGAAGAAAUGUUCUUUAUUUUUUAAAAAUAUAUAAUGAACAUAAUUAACAUUUUAAUUUGUAUUUCUUUAAAAAAUUUCAAAAGAAAAUAGGAACAAAAUUACAUUUAUUAUAAAUGUAUUAACUAUUCAGUGAUCAUAUUAUACAAUUGCAGUACUGUAACAAAAUCUUAUGCUUUUAUAUUAAUGUUUUUUUAACAUAAUAUGUUAUCUUUAAGACAUACUCAAUAAAAUUAUUUAUGUAAUGGAGGACUUAGCUUGGAUUUCUUUAGCAGGAAUAUAUAUAUAUUCAGAAUAUUAAUUUCAAAAUAAGUUUUGUGUUCAUUUCUAAUCAGCAACAAUGUGAAAUUCUUUUUUGAUGUUGAUUAAUUGAAGUAUUUUAAGUAUUUAAUUUGCGGUUAUAUAUUUAUGUGAAACAAUAGCUAAAAAAAUUAUUCUCUUAAAUCCUUUAUCAUUCAUUUAUUAGUUGCACAAAUCAGUUUUCAUCAUUAAUAAAUUGGUUGUGCUGAAAACUAUUUCUUCAUAACUGCCUUAAAAUUCUAUCUGUAGAAUUUCUUUAUUUCACUAAGUCAAAUAUUUGAAUUUGCUGACAGUCUUUAUAAUAGUGAUUAUUAUAUUUAGUACUGCCAGAUGUCAGUCAGUAUAGUGUAGAAAUGUGUUAUUUAUUGCAUUGAAUUGUCCUACUUUUAAAAUGAUCUGAAAGUAUUGUCUUGCCAAUCUUUUUAUUCAUGAGACAAUAUAUGUUUUUCUAUUUCCAUUUCAUGUGUAGACAGUUUAGAAUGUUAAACAGUAGACAAUUUGAAAAUUUUUGAAUCUAUGAAAAGAUAUUGUAAAUUAUUUUAUUACUAAUAUUCUAGAUAUUGAUUUUUGAUAUAUGCAGAUAUUUUUAUAUAUUUAUUCUCAGGUACACUAUCAGAGAAUGUUUGCUAGUCACCUAGAUAUUUGACAUGGAAUUUUACUUUUUAAAAUGCUGUAUGUUUUUCUGCUGGAAUAUGAAUUGUGCUUUAAUAUUAUCUGUUAAUUUUUGAAUUUACUCAUUAAUGGUAAUUUUAGUGCCUCAUGGAUAAAAUACAUGUAGCAAUGCUUAUAGGAAAAAGUAACUCAAAUAAAAAGUGAAAAAAAUAUCUUAGCUAUAAUUAUAUGUGAAUCAAAUUAUGAAAUUUUAUUGUGUUCAUGCAAAUAUAUUUGAUUUUUCUUCUUCUUUUGACUGAGAGAUGAAAUUCUUGUUUAAUUUCUUUCUCUUGAUUAUAUUCUUUUAUAUAUAUAUAUAUAUAUAUUGUUAAAAUUUUAAAAAGUAACUUCUUAAAUGUAUAAAAUUUUAUUUGAGUUUUAGAAAAAGAAUAUUUCUGUUUUUGUUUGUAUGAUAUAAUUUAAAUCUCAUUGAUUAUUUAUGUAUCAUAGAGUUCAUUGUUUUGUGUUUAAUUUUUGCAUGGAACUGUAAUAUCUUUUCCCUUGUGUCUGUGCAUACAUUUGUGAUAAUCUUUCUACUGCAAGCUUCUGCUUAUAAGCUUUGUAUAACUAUCAUACGUCCAUAAUAAAAUCUAUAUUGUAAA